AUGUCAUUACAACCAGAGUACGUGCAACAGCUACAUCAGCUGUUGCAACAGAGCAAUGUGCCUGACACGGCAGCUGUUCGUGCAGCAACUGAUGCAUUGCAAUCAAAAUACUUGAAGGACCCAAACUGCAUUCCAGCAUUGUUUGAGAUCAUGUCAACUUCACCUGAUCUUGCCGUUAGACAACUGGCAUCUGUUGAAUUGCGUAAACGAUUGGCAAAGAGCGGCGGAAAACAAUGGACUAAACAAGCCGUUCAAGUUCGGGAAGGUAUUAAAUCCCGCUUGCUGGAACUUGUCGUUGCCGAACAAUCAGCAUUGGUCCGUAACGCAAUUGCAAGAGUUAUCGCCGAGAUUGCUAAACGUGAAUUGCCUGCAGGAACAUGGCAACAAUUACUCCCCUUCUUGUUCCAAGCUGCCAGCUCACCUACCGCAAGUCAUCGUCAAGUUUCCAUCUUUGUCUUCUUUAUCGUCUUGGAGACAUUCGUUGAUGGUGAAGAAAGUUUGGAGAAAUACCUACCACAAAUUAUGAGUGUAUUCAGCAAAUCGUUACAAGAUCCAGAAAGCUUGGAAGUAAGAGUGACAACCGUUCGUGCUCUAGGAAAGGUGGCAGAAAACCUCGACGUUGAUGCAACUGCAGACCUUGCCUUAGUACAAUCUGCCAUCCCCUUGAUGGUGCAAGUUUUGGAUCAAACCCUCAAAGAAGCUGAUGGAGAAGGUGUCCGUCACUGUUUGGAUGUGUUUGAAUCACUCUGCAUGUUGGAAUCUCCUAUUAUCUCCAACCACGUAGCAGACUUGAUCCAAUUCUUCUUGGCAAACGGUGCAAACAAAGAACUCGAAGAUGAUCAUCGUAUCAUGUGCUACAACUCAUUGAUCUGGCUCAGCCAAUACAAGAAAUCCAAGAUCCAAAGCUUGAACUUGGCAAGACCAAUGUUGGAGCACCUAAUGCCUGUUGUUGUGGAAGAAGACUCAGAAGAUCCAGAUGAGGAUUCUCCAUCUCGUCUGGCUUUGCGUGUGAUUGACGGUUUGGCUACAGAACUUCCACCAAGCCACGUCUUCCCACCUUUGAUGGAACAAAUGCAAAAAUACAUGAACAACCAAGACCCUCAUCACCGUAAAGCUGCAAUGAUGGCCUUUGCUGUUGCCGUUGAAGGAUGCUCCGAGUACAUUCGCCCUCACAUGAAUGAACUCUGGCCAUUCGUUGAAGGUGGCCUACGUGAUAACGAAUUGGUGGUACGCAAAGCAGCAUGCAUUACUGUUGGUUGUUUGUGCGAAUGCUUGGAUACAGAAUGUGCAGAGCGUCAUGCGACGCUGUUACCUCUUAUCAUGGAUCUUAUUAACAACAAUGACACUCAAAAGAAUGCAUGCACAGCUUUGGAUGCGCUUCUAGAGGUGAUGGGUGAUUCGAUCGCACAAUACUUGCCCGCCAUCAUGGAACGCUUAUCCUCACUUUUGGACACCGCCCCCGUCGCUGUCAAAGCAACAGUCACAGGCGCCAUCGGUAGUGCAGCACACGCAUCAAAAGAGCAAUUCUUGCCAUACUUUGCACACACCAUGCAACGCAUGCAACCCCACCUCUCGCUCACCGAAGAAGGAGACGAGCAAGAUCUUCGUGGUGUGACAUUGGACACAAUCGGUACCUUUGCCGAGGCAGUUGGCAAGGAAAACUUCCGACCAUACUUUAGCAACAUGAUGAAUUUGGCAUACGAAGGCGUCAGUCUGGAUAGCCCUAGACUGCGCGAAUGUUCUUUCAUCUUCUUCUCGGUAAUGUGCCGUGUGUUUGGCGAAGAGUUCUCGCAAUUCUUGCCCGUUGUUGUUCCUAAGCUGUUGGAAAGCUUCAAGCAGAGCGAACACCUACCCGUACCAGGAGCAUCAGGCGAUGGUGUGAUGUCUGGUCAAGGUGUGGGCACCAAUGAUAACGGUGAUCUCGUUCUUGCAGGAGGAUCGGGUGGUGCAGAUGGCGAAGGCGGUGAAGAAGACUUUAUCGAUUUGGAUGAAGUAUUUGAGAAUUUGCAAAACGUCAACACCGCUGUCGGUGUGGAAAAGGCUGUUGCCGCUGACGCCCUUGGUGAAAUCUUUAUGCAUACAAAGGCAGGAUUCACACCUUUCUUGGAAUCUUCCGUGGAAGAAUUGAUCAACUUGCUAAGUCAUUAUUAUCAAGGUAUUCGCAAGAGCGCCGUUACUGCUUUGAUUAUUUUCAUCAACACUCUCAACGAAAUGAGUGACCCCAAAGAAUGGCAACCUGGACACAAUUCUAGCAUACCAUUACCCGAACCAGUGGCUAAGCUUGCAGAGGUGGUUAUUCCCUCCAUCAUCGAAGCUUGGCAAGAUGAAGAUGACCAGAUGACACAAAUCGAAAUCUGCCAACAGCUUGCUGAAUGCUUGAACAAGAACGGACCACAAAUCCUCAAAGGAGAAGCUGAACGUACUUGUGCUUUGGUAGCAGACAUUUUGGAUCAAAAGUCCGCAUGUCAAAUCGAUACCGAAGCACGAGAGGAAGAUGCACAGGGUGUGGAGGAUAUCUCAGAGUAUGAAUCAGUGUUGAUUUCAUCAUCAACGGAUUUGGUCGGUGCAAUGGCAAACGUGUAUGCACACGACUUUGUCGAACCACUCAGACAACUAUUACCAAAGAUUACCAAGUACUACUCACCCAGUCGCUCUUCUUCCGACCGUGCAACGGCGGUUGGAAGUAUGGGAGAGAUUAUCACCGGUAUGAAAGCAGCCAUUACUCCAUUCACAAACGAUAUCCUAUCCGUUUUGUCUCGCGGCUUGCAAGACGAAGACACGGGUAUCCGAUCAAACGCUGCCUUUGCAUCUGGAGUUUUGAUCGAACACUCUCAAAGCGAUUUGACACCACACUUCCAAGCCUUAUUGGGCGCAAUCAGACCCAUGUUUGAAUUGAGCAAGUCCGACAAGGAAGAUGAUCAAAGAGCAAGUGAUAAUGCAUGCGGAUGCUUGAGUAGAAUGAUUGUCAAAUCACAAGCAUCAGUGCCUUUGGAUCAAGCUAUUCCCGUUUUGAUUUCCGCUUUACCCUUGAAAAAGGAUGCGGCAGAAUGGAGCCCUGUUUUGGUCUGCUUCAUGGGACUGGUCCAAGCAAACAACGAGAUUGCACUGCAACAGAUCGAUACAAUUUUGGCCAUUAUGAAACACGCAUUACAACUAGAAGGUGAUGAUGCGAUCGGAAGUAUCUUGCGUGGUCAAGUUGUUACAUUUAUCAGUGCCAUUAACAGCAGUGCACCUGAGAAGAUUGCAGCAGCGGGCCUACAGCCAUUCUUGGUGUAA